CCUUGCAGACACCCCGUAGGACCUUGCAGACUGUAGCGCGGGAGUCAGCAAAGCGUGUGGCACUGCCACCCAGCAGGGGCCCAGCCACCAGAGCUCGAGUUGGUGUCCCGGCGCUGGGUGGCAGAGAGAAGAACCCCGGGGCACUUGUUUCACAGAAGCAGCCAGGGCUGGGCCCGCAGGAGGGCUGGUGGCUCUGCUGUCCCCCAAAACUGGGCUCGCCUUCCCCACCUCCUCCUCCGCUUCACUGUCCUGACCCAGCAGUUGUUGCCACUCCCACCCGUCAAAGCCUGGGAGAGCCCGAGGAGGGAGAAAUAUGGGCCUGGAGCCUAAGGAGGGCUGCCUGGCUCAUAUCGUCCCGCUGCCCUCGGCGCCCUCUGGAGACGCCGAGUAAGAAGAGAGAAAACCACAGCGCUCGCCCCGCAACGCCACUUUGCAGACUCACGCUCUUUCUCCCUCAACUUCGAGCAGUGUAAAGUCAGAUGGAAGAAGACAAGAUGGCGCCGAGCAGGAAGAGCGGAGAAAUGCAGGAGAAUAAAUCCUGCUGCCGAAACGGAAGCUUAAACAAAGAUGCGAAAGCUGGAACUGCGCAGGCGUACAGCUUUGGCAAGCUUUAAAACUCUAGCAGCAGGGAAGGCGCGUCCAGAAAAUGUGGUCCUGGGACGGGACCUACUUUCCGCUAAGGUGGGAUGGCGUAAAUAGCGGGGAACUGGGGAGGUCCUGACUUAUCGCGAGAAGACAGGAGGCGGAGAGCUCGGAGUACGCAUGCGCACCGCGAAUCAAUGGCGGUCUGCGCGACUGGCGGAAGCUAGCUUUGCAAUAUGGCGGCUGAGGUAGAUGGGCCGCUCAAACGGGUGUUGGUGCCGAUUCUUUUACCUGAGAAAUGCUACGACCAAAUUUUCGUCCAGUGGGACUUGCUUCACGUUCCCUGCCUCAAGAUUCUCCUCAGCAAAUGCCUGGGGCUGGGCAUUGUGGCUGGCUCACUUUUGGUAAAACUGCCCCAAGUGUUUAAAAUCCUGGGAGCCAAGAGUGCUGAAGGGCUGAGUCUCCAGUCGGUAAUGCUGGAGCUGGUGGCACUGACGGGGACCAUGGUCUACAGCAUCACCAACAACUUCCCCUUCAGCUCUUGGGGUGAAGCCCUGUUCCUGAUGCUCCAGACAGUCACCAUCGCCUUCCUGGUCCUGCACUACAGAGGACAGACUGUGAGAGGUGUGGCCUUCCUAGCUUGCUAUGCUGUGCUCCUGCUGAUGCUGCUUUCACCACUGACGCCCCUGGCUCUAGUGACCCUGCUCCAGGCUUCCAACGUGCCUGCUGUUGUGGUGGGAAGGCUGAUCCAGGCAGCCACCAACUACCGCAAUGGGCACACGGGCCAGCUCUCAGCCAUCACAGUCUUUCUGCUCUUUGGGGGCUCCCUGGCCCGCAUCUUCACCUCCAUUCAGGAAACUGGAGACCCUCUCCUGGCUGGAACCUUUGUAGUCUCUUCCCUCUGCAAUGGCCUCAUCGCUGCCCAGCUCCUCUUCUAUUGGAAUGCAAAGCCUCCCCACAAGAAGAAAAAGGAGCAUUAGAGUCCAGCUGGCUAAUGGCGUUUCCAUUCCCCACCCAACCUCGGGGUCCUUCCCAUAUGAAUCACUUGCUGGUGUGACGUAACCAUUCCCCAUUCUGCAACUUUCGUGGAAAUGCUUGGUUGACCCAGAUCCUUAGAAAGGAUGGGGUAGAGAUUUUCAGGCUAUUUUGCCAUUUAAUGUGUGCAGCCCUGUGUAUACACUGUUGAUUCAGUGAUUUGGCUGAGAUUCUCCCUUUAGCAGAAUUCCCAGCUAUUUACUUAUUCUGGGCAAAAGUCUUACCCUGUCCUUCCGUCUUCCCUUCUGACCCUAGAGGACAGAGCCUGAACAGUGGAAGGGACUUGUGGCUGCCGCCCCACCCUGGCCUGGCUCAGACUUCUGGACCCCAGUGCUCAGUGGCGGGUGGAGGAAGGGGGACAGAAAAAUGACUCAGGCAGGGCCCCAGGGUGGGGUGAGGAGGUUCCUGCUCUGGCAGGUCCAGGCGGAAGGGAGUGGAGACUGUGCUGGUUCCUGCUGCAGUAAAGGGGAACAGAGAUGGAACAAUAAAGACCCAGAGACAUGGUUUAAUCGUA